AUGUACUCUGUGGAAAUCAUCAAACUGCCUGUCAUAGACUCACCUGUACUUUUCUUAUUCAGGUACAUUGUGAAUCGUUUUGGUCUUGAGAUUGCAAUUGAUCUUGUGAGGGCUGUUGAUCUCGAGUCUGUGGAGAUUCUUGGCAGGAUCAUGCAGUUCCCUUGUUGGAUGUUGAUAAUGAAGCAGCACGCUUGAACAGCAGACUUAAUCAGCAUUGUGUGAUAGGAGAAAAUUUUGAUCCAGCUGCUGCAAAGUCCAUUUGUUUCUCUUUACACCAUCCAUGUUGGCUAGUGGAACACAACCUGUGGGAUGGUGUUCCUUGCACUAUUUGGCCCAGUAGAUAUCUGAAUCUGUCAAGGUGGAGAAUUUGGUAACCAGGGAAUCAAGAGUCUGAUGGUGCAACUUAAGGUGGGCAUAACAAGUGGUAAAGGCUACCACAGAGAUGCUGGUGUUGAAUGUUAGCAGGCAUAAUUUCAUGCCAUGCUUAUGAUAGAAUUUCAUCCACAUAAUUAUUUUAAGGAUUAUUUUGAAAAAUUAUCCUGCCAUUACAUGGCCUUGGUCUUGGUCUUGGUCUUGGGGGGUGUGAAAGUGUUAAAUUACGUGUAUGCUAUUCUUACCACAUAACUUCUUAAAACAAGGAAGACAGCAGUGAAUUCAAUUAGAAAACAUAGUUAGAAUCUGGUUAUGUAUUUUUUAGCUAAUGUGAAGGAAACAAAUUUACUAGUAUUUGACCAUUUAUUUCAGCCAAGGUCAAACCCUGGCUGUGCUGCUGUUUAUCUGUUGUGAACUUUGAAGGUCAACGAGUAGUUGUAAAUCAAAAUAACUUAAUUAAGCUGUCACUGAUCUUAUUGCAGUUGCUGUGACAUUGACACUUCAAGGUAUUUGGUGGAUACAGAUGUAUGUGUGUUCAAUGACAUUUUGUGGAGCAGCUGUUUUGAAGGGAAAAGAAAAACUGUAA